CCGCACUCCAGUGAGAGCGGCUGUUGCUGCUGCUGCUGACGCAACUGGUGCUGCAACAACAGAAGUCAGCGCUGUGCCUGCCCCACUGGCACUCGAAGCGAGUGUUCAGCUGGCGCAACAAUGUCGACCAACAAUGCCACUAACGAAGCAAUGCAGAACGAACUAAGCAGGUUUUCAGCAGUCACUUAUGACGCUGACAGCGCUUCUGAUCUCCAUCUUCAUGGUCGUCGGACUGCUCGGCAACGCCAUAACAAUUGUGGCGCUGCUGCGCUGCCCACGUGUGCGCAACGUCACCACGGUGUUCAUCGUCAGUCUAUGCGUGGCCGACUUCUCCUUCUGUCUGCUGGUCUUGCCCUUCGAGAUAUACCGUUUCUCCCACGGCGCCUGGCUUCUGGGCGACGGCUUCAUCUGCGUGCUCUUCCCCUUGCUGAGAUACUGGAACGUCGGCUGCUCCCUGCUCUCCAUCGCCAUGAUAACGGUUAACAGGUUCGUGAUGAUCGCCUUUAACGAGGCGUACAGCCGAAUCUACCAGAAACGGUGGGUGGCUGUACAAAUCGCCUUCAUCUGGCUCUACAGCUUCGGCAUGCUGCUCCCGACGUUGGCUGGCCGCUGGGGUCGGUUCGGCUAUCACGCGCGUCUGAUGACCUGCACCAUCGUGCGCGUCGACGGCCGAUCGUCCAAGAUCGCCCUCUUCGUCAUCGGCUUCGUGAUACCCUGCGUGGCCAUCUGCAUCUGCUAUGCCGGCAUCCUGGCCGUGGUCGUCUCGUCCAACCGGCGCGUGCGGCGUCACAGCUCCAGGGAAACCUCGCAGCAGAAGAAAUCGCGCCAGGAGCGACGCAAGAAAAGUGAAAUGCGCAUUACCAAGAUGUCGCUGGCCGUCUUCCUCACCUUCGUCGUCUGCUACCUGCCAAUCACACUCGCCAAAGUGAAGGACCCCACCGUCAGAUAUCCGGGUGUACAUAUUCUAGGCUACAUUCUCGUGUACCUGUCGGCCUGCAUCAACCCCAUCAUCUACGUCACUAUGAGCAAGCAGUAUCGACAGGCGUACAAGACCGUACUGUUCUGCCGCCGGCCUCGACUCUUCUCGGAAAGCUCCUCUCAGUCACGUGAGGGCCAACCGAAGGGGUCGGCCGUCGCCUCGAAGACUCUGAUGUCGCAAGUCUCGAUGACGGAGAGCGAAUGGCGCGCCUCGCCCGGACCGCGGCUGAACGAGCUGCCCGAGGUCUUCCCGGAGAGUGCCGAGAGCCGGAUGUAGCGCACGCGUGUGUCUCGCGCUUCUCAGAGUGUCGCUCCAGGAAGCGGGCUAAGCCCGACCGCCAGAGUGUCGCGACAUCUGUGCUACGGCAAAAACUCGUACCGAUACGAGCGCUGCAACAUCAGCUGUACGCGGCGCUAUUUUUACUGCAGUCUUAUACAGACUUUACUUAUAAGCGAUAUUAAUUUUACUGCAAAGACUGAUGCACGACGUGAGCGCUAGACAAUAAAA